ACGGUCUCGGUGGAAACUAUAGUUCGAGUUGUGUCAAACGUGCGUGAACAACGAGGCGGCAGGGAAAUAGAAAUUCCUUAAGAAUAGCAACCACAAACUGGAACAAAACGGAAGCAGAUGGCAGACAUCACAGACAGUAGCCCCACCGGAAUGGAAGUGUCCAAUGCCAGCAAUGGCGAACCGCGGAACAGUGCCGAAGCGAAGAAGCUGUUGCGCGAGGAAAAACAGCGUGAGGCAAAGAUUGUCGAGCAGCUCACGAAGGCGCUGACGGGGAUGUCGCUGGAGGAGAAGUACGCGUCCGUCUACAAGCGGCUGAUGGAGUCGGAGAAGGAAAACCGUCGGCUGGUGGCGCUGCACAAGCAGUACGAGCGCACGAUGGAGGCGACCAAGCGCGAGAAGGAAAAUCUCAUUCUCGAGCACGACAAGAUGGCCAUGACCAAGACGAAACUGGAGGCGCUGUGCCGCGAACUGCAGCGGCAGAACAAGACGAUCAAGGAUGAAAGUUUGGCCCAGAUUCAGGAGGAGGAGGACAAGCGUAAACAGACGCAGGAGAAGUUUCAGCAGUCACUGAACGAAAUUCAGUUGGUUAUGAAUGAGAAUAACGAGAAGAAUUUGAAGCUGAAGGAAGACAACAUGGAAAUGGCUCAAAAGUUCAAGCAUAUCCUCGAACAGUACGAACUGCGGGACCAACAGAUGGACAAGAUGAACAAACAGAUGGAACUGGUCACGCAACUGACCGAUGCCAAACUAGCCAAAAUGAAGAUGGAAGCCAAUUCCGAGAAAGAGCUGAUUUUAAGUGAGAAGCUUCUGCUGGCCACGGAAUUGCAAAAGGUUAAAAAGCAGCUAGCCGAUGUGCAGAUGGACGAAUCACAUUUACGGGGCCAAGUCAACAUGUACACGAACAAGUACAGCGAGUUUCAAGAUUCGCUGAAGAAAAGCAGAAGCAUUUACGAAGGCUAUCAGGAGGACAUGAAGAAGAUGUCGAAAAAAAUGAAAACCCUCGACAAAGAGACCAUGGCCUGGAAGUCGCGCUGGGAAACGAGCAAUGCGACCGUACAGAAGCUGCUGGACGAACAGAUCGAGCGGGAAAAGCUGCUCACCAAAACCUCCCGCCAGUUGUCGCAGCUGCAAAAGCUCUGCCGUACGCUGCAGGCGGAACGGGCCACCUAUCUGGCGGCACUGAAAGACGCCAACCUGCCGGUUCCUGCCGAAGACCCUACGGCGGUGGACGAGCAGCCGCUCAAAGAUGACAACCCCCAAGUGCCUGCCAAGGAGCUGAACAACAAGGCUGCUGCUGGGAAGGAUGUCACCAAACAGCAGGACACAACAAGCACCGAUAAUCACGUGAACGGCCAUACGACGACUGGAACAAGUCCCACGGUUCCGGUGGUGGUGGAACAACCUGUGGUCCAGACCAGUGUGCCCGAGGUGGCAUCGUAGUGUUUCCGUUUGAUGAUUUUUUCACUUGUGUGCACACGUUGUGGUCGUCAUCGUAUCGAGCCCUCUUUCUAACAUGUAUUUCUAAUUUAUUGCACUCUUUCAUAUUUCUCUCUCACUCUCUCUUUCUCUGUGUUUACUUAACUUCCUUGCAUCCUAGCAAUCAUCGACCAGGCAAUAUGCACUGGUUACCCUUUUUCGUUUUAAAAUAAAUUUUCUCAACUUUUACAAUCAUAACUCUACCCCCAAAUA